UGCUCAGACAGACAGAGGAGCGCUUGGAUGAAGGCUUCGUCGCAGUGUGCAGCGUUCAUUCCUGACGCGUCUGUCUGCAUCUGAACCCACUGGACGAACGGGGACUAUAUAACUUACAACGGAACACUUGAUCUGAUAUGGAAACGCGUGCCGUGCUGCAUUAAUUAAAGAAGGGGACAUUUCAGUGAUGUCAGCAUCCAGAGAGCGUCUGUGUUGUACUUCGUACCAGCGCGCGUGGUGAAGUUGGAUUGCGGAUCGCUUAUUGUAUCGAUCUUGAAACACAACCCGAGUCGUUCUGACACCGCGGAUGUGUCGGUGUUGUGUAUGGGAUGUGAUUGAGAAGACAUUCUCUUUACACCGAGCGAUGCGUUUCUGUCGUCUCUGACACCUGACGCGGAUGUAUGCAAAUAAAUGAGCUUAGUUUAGCGUUAUCAUCACGCUUGUGUUUAUGUACAUUGCGCUGAUUCGACUGGAGGAGACAGAGAUGAAUUGACGGCACUCGCGUAUUACUUUAGUGAACAUCCUGAGGAUUUCGGAGGAAUACAUGCUUGUAUUAUCAGAAUAAUCUGUAACCAUUUGUAUUUUUGCAGUUGAGUUCUUUAAACUGUUUUAUUCUCUCUCUCUCUUUCGCUAGUUUGAGGAGCCAGACUGUGCUUCAUGUGGUGAUAUCCAACUUUACAUGCUUUAUUAAAGUUAGAAAUAUGAUUUAUUAUGACUGAAUCAAUCUGAAUACACCUUACAUCAAACGAACGGGUUAAAUCGAGUGGGGGAAAAACACAUUUAACUUAAGAUUGCACAAACUUGCAAAAGGACCAUCAUGAAGAUGUUGCAUGGAUUGUUGUAAAUUCAUAAAGUGUCACUAGGUCCAUCUAUAUGCACCUUCUCGUAAAGAUCAGCUGACCAUCUAAGGGCGUGCAUUUCUUCCAAACGUCUAAACAUCUGUACCUACUUCAUUCAAAGAGCUUUUAAACUUCAAGGAACAUGGAUAUUAAAACAGAGUCUGAAGAUAAUCUGGACUGCGACCGGCCCGUGCCCAUUGAAGUCUUCGCCAGCAGGUCCACGCUCCAUGGCAUCUCGCACAUGUUCAGUUAUGAGCGCCAGUGCAUCAAGCGAUGCAUCUGGAUAAUGUUUUUCAUGGGUUCGUUUUCGUUCCUGCUGCUUGUUUGCGUGGACCGCAUCAGGUUUUACUUCCAGUACCCCCAUGUCACCAAGCUGGACGAGGUCACGGCACCAAUGAUGCCGUUUCCCGCCAUUACCUUCUGCAACCUGAACUCUUUCCGCUUCAGCCGCGUGACGCGCAACGACCUGUACCACGCGGGCGAGCUGCUCGCGCUGUUAAACGGCAGGUAUGAGAUCCGGGAUACACACUUGGUGGAGGAGAGCGUUAUGAUGACCCUGAAGGAUAAGGCGGACUUCUCCGUCUUCAAGCCCCGUCCCUUCAACAUGCGCGAGUUCUACGAUCGAACGGGCCACGACAUUAAAGAAAUGCUGCUGUCCUGCUACUUCAGAGGAGUCGAAUGCAGCGCCGAAGACUUCUCAGUGAUCUUCACACGCUACGGAAAAUGCUACACCUUCAAUUCGGGACAGGACGGAAGGCCACUGCUGGUCACCAUGAUGGGAGGGAUGGGAAACGGGCUGGAGCUGAUGCUGGAUAUCCAGCAGGACGAGUAUCUGCCUGUGUGGGGAGAGACUGAUGAGACGUCUUUCGAAGCGGGAAUCAAAGUCCAGAUCCACACGCAGGAUGAACCGCCUUUCAUCGAUCAGCUGGGAUUUGGAGUGGCUCCAGGCUUCCAGACGUUCGUCUCCUGCCAAGAACAGCGGUUGACAUAUCUUCCUCCUCCAUGGGGUGACUGUAAGGCUUCAGCAAUGGACUCUGAUUUUUUCAGCACAUACAGUAUCACUGCCUGCCGCAUUGACUGUGAGACACGCUAUCUGGUGGAGAAUUGCAACUGCCGCAUGGUGCACAUGCCUGGAGAUGCUCCAUAUUGCACUCCAGAACAGUAUAAGGAGUGUGCAGAUCCCGCUCUAGAUUUUCUGGUGGAGAGAGACAAUGACUACUGCGUUUGCGAGACGCCCUGCAACAUGACGCGCUAUGGCAAAGAGCUGUCCUUCGUCAAAAUCCCCAGCAAAGCCUCUGCCAAAUACCUGGCCAAGAAGUUCAACAAGACGGAGCAGUACAUCGCAGAAAACAUCCUGGUGCUGGACAUCUUUUUUGAGGCCCUAAACUACGAGACCAUCGAGCAGAAGAAAGCCUACGAGAUAGCCGGCCUUCUUGGUGACAUUGGCGGACAGAUGGGCCUGUUCAUCGGUGCUAGUAUCUUAACCAUCCUGGAGCUCUUUGACUAUCUGUAUGAGGUGAUCAAGUUCAAACUGUGUCGCUGUGCCAAGAAGAAACACCAGCGGAGCAGCAACAACGAUCGAGGAGCCGUUCUCAGCCUGGAUGACGUGAAGCGUCACGCUCCCUGUGACAACCUUCAUACCCCGUCAACCUACCCAGCCAACAUGCUACCUCACCAUCCUGGCCAAGGCAACUUCGAAGACUUCACCUGUUGAGCGUAAAGUAAGAGCCUGACAGAAAACAACCAAAGCUGACCACAUCAGUACGGACUCCUUUCACAACCGGACAGUACAGUAUAAACCUUCUGGAUCUGCGACACACUAGAAAACCACCAUGUCUUGAGAUAUAUCCAGGCGUCUGAGGAAUGGUGCCGAUCAACAAAGUUUAUUUUCACUAAAAUGUUCCAUGGAAAACUUUUGAUGUUUUUUGAACAUUUCAAGGAAAUACUGCCUCAAAAACAAAACUCCUUGAAGUCUAAGAAUUUACACAUUAGGUGACUUGGACAUCGAAUAGCUUUCUGCAGCUGGACCCUGAUGCCUUUUGUGUACAUAGUGAUGGCUCUUAACUGUCUUAAGACCAGUGGCUUACGUAGGUCAGUAGAUAUAGCGCUUAUUCUCUGUAUGUAGCCUCAUUUGUCCAUUGAUCUGCUGGAUCGAUUCAGCCUCAGUGUAUCUCACGAGAAUGUAACUUUCUGAAGAAGGUGGCCAUUACAAGCAUUAAAAGGGGGAUUAUGGGACGCUGGAUGGUUCAGAUCCCAUAUGACAUUGUGUUACAGGUCUCAUCUUGUAAAUGCAUGCUGGUCAUCUUGUGCAUGUUUUUAGUUUUAUUUAGAUUUCAUUAUUUCCAUCGCCAAGUUAGCCUCAAUUAUAUACAAUUGUUGGAAGAUGGUGUAAAGUUUGUUUUCAU